UGGAAACUGUUCCGCCCGUGUUCGUGCUGGCUCGCGCUAGAAAGGUCUGUCACUCUAGGCUAACUCUGUGGCUAGCUACGUUGGCUGGCUAACCAAUACAAUUCACCUCGGAUUACACCUGCAUACGAAGACGUGAACACUUUGUCCUGCACAACUUAAUGGUAGAGGCUGUAUCCAUUUGGAACUGCCCACAGAGUCUCCAUCAUGAAUGGCAGUACAAGUGUCUCUGCCGCCCAGACUGGACGAAUCAAGUCAGAGAUAGUAGAUGAUCUGUGGAGGAAGGAAGACUGUCUGACAUUACUGGAGAGAAUCCGCAGCCUACUGGCUGACAGUGACUCAAUGAAGUACAAGACCACAGAGUCUCACUUUGACUGGGAGAAAGUGGCCUUUGGCUCUUUCUCAGGGGAUUUGUGCAAGCAGAAGUGGCAGAAGCUCUCCUGUGAGGUGCGCAAAUAUAGAACUAUGACCGAGCUUAUUGUGGAUGCCAUUGAAUUUGUAAAAAAUCCAUACAAAGGAAAGAAAUUAAAGACGCAUCCAGACUUCCCAAAGAAGCCUUUAACCCCUUACUUUCGUUUCUUCAUGGAGAAACGGGCAAAGUAUGCCAAGAUCCACCCAGAGAUGAGUAAUCUUGAUCUCACUAAGAUUUUGUCCAAGAAGUACAAAGAACUCCCAGAGAAGAAGAAGCUCAAGUACAUCCAAGAGUUCCAGAGAGAGAAGGAGUCCUUUGAGAAGAACAUGGCACGGUUUAAAGAGGACCACCCAGAGCUGAUAGAGGAGAGAAAGAAGUCCGACCUCCCUGAGAAGCCUAAAACUCCUCAGCAGCUGUGGUACAACCAUGAAAAGAAGACCUACAUGAAGCUUCAUCCAGAUGUUAGCCAGAAGGAACUGAAGGAAGCACUACGCCGACAGUGGUCUCAGCUGUCUGACAAGAAACGUCUGAAGUGGAUCAGCAAAGCCCUGGAGCUGCAGAAAGAUUACGAGGAUAGCAUGAGGAUAUACUUUGAGGCACACCCCGACUCCAAUACAGAUGAGCACGUCAAGUCCGUCCUGACCAAAGCCGAGAGGCAGCUCAAGGAUAAGUUUGACGGCCGGCCUACCAAACCUCCACCAAAUGGCUACUCGCUGUACUGUGCCGAGCUGAUGGUGAACAUGAAGGACGUGCCCAGCACGGAGCGUAUGGUGCUGUGCAGCAAGCAGUGGAAGAUGAUGACGCAGAAGGAGAAGGACAUGUUCCAGAAACGCUGUGAACAGAAAAAGAAGCAGUAUGAGAUCGACCUCCAGCGAUUUUUAGAGAGUCUGCCGGAGGAGGAGAGGGAUCGGGUGCUGGGAGAGGAGAAGCUGCCGGGCUCCAGGCUGGCCAUGAACAGUACAAACAGCCCUCUCCGGGCCAAGUCCCCCUCAGUAAAGGAGAGGUGUCGGGAUCCUGAGAUGAAUCAUUGGGCACCGGGUGUAGCGAUCAAAGACAAGAAAGACAACAAAAAGAAAGGUCGUCUCCCCGAAACACCCAAAACGGCGGAGGAGAUGUGGCAACAGAGCGUGAUCGGUGACUACCUGGCCAAGUACAGGAGUGAUCGGAAAAAGGCCCAAAACGCCAUGGAGGCUGCUUGGAAGGCGAUGGAAAAGAAAGAGAAGAUCCCAUGGAUCAAGAAAGCAGCGGAGGACCAGAAGCGAUACGAGGUUCAGUACCGGACCGUGAGAGAGCUGGUGGAGAUACGGACGCCAACGGCUGGACAGGGGCAGCGGAAGCCCAAGUUUGAAGGCGAACCGAAGAAACCGCCUGUGAGCGGCUACCAGAUGUUCUCGCAGGAGCUGCUGACCAACGGCGAGCUGAACCACUUCAGUCUGAAGGAGCGCAUGGUGGAGAUCGGCAAGCGCUGGCACAAGCUGAGCCAGAGCCAGAAGGACAAGUACAAGAAGCAGGUGGAGGAGCAGCAGCUGGAGUACAAGGCGGAGCUGGAGGUGUGGGUGAAGUCCCUCUCUCCUCAGGAGCGUGCUGUGUAUAAAGAGUUCUCCACCACGAAACGGCGGAGCACGGCCAAGGCACGAGGUCCCGGAGCGAAAGUGCGCAUAACCAAGGGGAAGGCGGUAGGUGCCAGAGCCACAGGAGUGGGGGCCGGGGGGGGCAAGCGUUCCAUGGCGUACCGAGCCAAGCAGGACACGUCAGAGUCAGAUGAUGAGGACGAAAAGACGGACACGACAGACUCUGAGGACGACGACGACGAGUCAUCUGGCAGCACAGACAGUGAUGAUGAUGACGACGAUGAGGACGAGAACGACGAGGAGGACGAUGAGGAGGACGACGAAGACGAGGACGGGUCAGACGCCACCAGCAGCUCAUCCUCGGAGGACAGCAGUGACUCGGACUCGGACUGAAACCCCGCGCCCAGCCCCCCCUUCGCAAAGGGAAGGGAAGGGGAGGGGCAGUGCAGGACACGCCCCUCUCGAUCAAGGCCCCUUCAUGCCACCACGGCAUGUGGGAGAGCUGUGGCUGUGACCUCUCCACAGUGGCUGGAGUGUAGCCCCUGCGUCCACCGCCGCCAUAGAGCCAGCAGCAGCAGAGGAGGUGAAACAGCAAGUGGGCUUCUAGGGGUGUGGGGGGGAGAACGGCUCUCUGCCUCCUGGAACCCAAGAGACUUUUACUCAACUGGACAACUUCUGAUGUUGUUUUUGUUUUUGUUUUUUCCUUUUAAGGAGCUGUGUUACUUGUGUGUUGAAUGCAAUGUUUUUUAUGGCCUUUAUAUAGGUGUUAUUAAAAGCUACGUUGCUUGUUUAUUUUUUUAAAACCUGAAAAGGAAAGAAUGAAGCUAAUUGCUGGGUUUUGAAUUUUUUGUGGGAAAGUUUGAAUGCGUCUGGUAGGUGCUGAUAAGGUUUUUGGAGAUGGACUGUAAAAUUGAGACUAGACCAGCUGCCUGUGUACAUCCUAACCAGAUGUGACGAAGAAGAGGGCUAUGUUUAGCAGCCCUGGUUUUGAUCAUUCUCUGGUCAGAUCCACAAUAAAUGCACUUUUUCCCCUCUUGUAUUA